AUGAGCUUGUUCCCCAGAAGAGAGAUGGAAAUCAUGAACCCAGACGGUGUAGUUAAAUACCUAGGGAUCCUUUUUAUAGUAUUGCUCAUAACCUAUUCCUAUCGAGAGAUGAGGAAGUGGGUAAAGAGAAAUAUAAAAAGUGGUGGCUUGGUAGAGGGGAAAUAA